AUGGGCAAUACCAGCAUGGUAGUGACUGUGUUUCUCCUGGAGGGCUUUGCUGAGGUGUGGGAGCUCAGGGUCCUCUUGUCCAUGUCGUAUCUACUGAUGUACUUGGCCACUCUGUUAGGAAAUCUUAUCAUUAUCACUGUCACCACCAUUGACAGGAACCUGCAUACACCUAUGUACUUCUUCCUCAGGAAUCUGUCCAUCUUGGACAUGUGCUACAUUUCUGUCACUGUCCCCAAUAUCUGUGUCAACUCUUUCAUUAACAAUAGGAUCAUUUCCAUGGCUGGCUGUGUGAUACAGAUUUUCUUAGUCAUUUAUUGUGCUUUUGUGGAAACUCUGUUUCUCACCAUCAUGGCCCGGGAGCGCUAUGUGGCCAUCUGCCAGCCCCUCCACUACCCUGUCAUCAUGAACCAUAAGUUCUGUGUCCAGACCACACUGGCUUCAAUACUCAUUGGUAUCAUCUAUGCAGCUAUUCACACUGGCAACACUUUCCGGCUGUCCUUCUGUCAGUCCAACAUGGUCCCUCAGUUCUUCUGUGAUAUCCCUUCUCUAUUAAGGCUGUCCUGCUCAGACACCUUUAGCAACAAAGUCUUAAUUUUUAUUUCUGUGUUUGGAGCGGUAGGUGGCUGUUUUAUCUUCAUCGUCAUGUCCUAUGUUCGUAUAUUUUCAACAGUGCUGAAGUUCCCAGUGAAAGAAGAGCGAGGAAAAGCCUUUUCCACCUGUGUCCCCCACAUUCUUGUGGUAUCUGUAUUUUUCAGUUGUGGUGCUGUUGUUUACCUAAGACCUCCGGUAAACUCUGAAAUGAUUCAGGGCAUUAUUCUGUCUGUAUGCUAUACCAUUAUUCCACCAUUUCUGAAUCCUCUCAUCUAUAGUCUAAGAAACAAACAGAUACAACAAGCUUUCAGGAAAAUAAUAUUAAGAAUAUCCAUAAUUUUUAAAAAUGAAGCUGAAACAAUGACCAUGCAGUUUUUACAUUUGAGGAAAUUAUCUGAAGCAAAAAUUAAGAUUUUAUUUGAACAUUUAUUUGCAUAUUUCUCUACUCCUAAAUAUAACUAUGCUUGUAUCUUCCAUUAUUGA